AUGCCUAGGAGCCACAAGAAUAAGGGCCACUCCCGUUCCAAACAUCGUCAUGGUAAUCAGGCACCUGAGGAGAGCCAAGGUCUCCAGGGUGCUCAACCUGCUGUUCGGAGAGAAUCAGCAUGUCCUCCUGUUGGCCAAGCUAAUUCCCCAAGCUCUUCUAAUGCUUGUGCUCCUCAGGGAGCUGCAUUUUCUGCCUCUCCUGAUGCAGUUAUGUCCUGCACAGGCUCUGAUCUAGGUGCUGGGGGUCAUGAUGUCCGUGCUGUUGGGGGAAGUCCACGUGCAUUCCAGGCAGAAGCCUUCACUCAGCCAAUAUGCCGAGAUGCUCUUACCAAGAAGGCUAGCAUGUUGGUAGAGUUCCUGCUUGAGAAGUUUAAGAAGAGUGAGCAGUUUACAGAUGCUGAUAUGCUGAAGGUUGUCAACAAGAAAUACAAAACACAGUUUUCUGACAUCCUCAGGAAAUCUUCCUCCCGCAUGGAAAUGAUCUUUGCAAUGCAGUUGAAGAAAAUCAAUCCCAAUAGUCAGUCCUAUGCUAUUGUCAGCAAGCUAGGUCUCUCCACUGAUGAAAUUCUAAGUGGCAAGAGGGGGUUGCCAAAGAUGGGUCUCCUGAUGACCAUCUUGGGUCUGAUAUUCACAAAAGGCAAUCGUGCCACUGAGGAAGAGGUCUGGAAAUUCCUGAGUGUGUUAGGAGUGUAUGCAGGGAGGAAGCAUUUGAUCUUUGGGGAGCCCCGAAGGCUCAUAACCAAAGAUCUGGUUGAGCAAAAUUACCUUGAGAUCCGCAAGAUGUCUGAGGGUAAAUCCCCUAGAUAUUAUUUCCUGUGGGGUUCCCGGGCCCAUGUAGAAACCAGCAAAAUGAAAGUCCUGGAAGUUUGGGCUAAGAUCAAUGACACCAUUCCUAGCUUCUUCCCUACUCCAUAUGAAGAAGCUCUUAAAGAUCAAAUGGAGAGAGCACAGCCAGGAUCUCCAGUCUUGGCUUGCACAGCUGUCAUGGCCAGUGCUCAUCCCAGGUGCAUGUCCUGUAACUCCUCUCACAAAUAG